UCAUCCAGGCAUCAAGGAGGUGGUUGGACGCGAGUGGCGGCGCCUGGCAGAUGUCGUGACUUCCACGCGGAGAAGAAAUCCGAACUACAGCCAUGGCGUGCCGAGGAAAAAGGCCGGAGCACCGCGGGCCCCCGGAGCUGUUUUACAACGAGGACGAGGCCCGGAAGUACACGCACAACUCACGGAUGAUUGAAAUUCAGACACAGAUGUCAGAACGGGCAGUGGAACUUCUCAGUCUGCCUGAGGACCAGCCCUGCUUCUUGUUAGAUGUUGGCUGUGGUUCUGGGCUCAGUGGUGACUUCAUCUCAGAGCAGGGACACUACUGGGUGGGCAUUGACAUUAGCUCUUCUAUGCUGGAUGUGGCUGUGGAUAGAGAAGUGGAAGGAGACCUGCUUCAGGGAGACAUGGGUCAGGGCAUCCCCUUCAGACCUGGGUCUUUUGAUGGCUGUAUUAGCAUUUCUGCUGUGCAGUGGCUCUGUAAUGCUGACCAGAAGACACACAACCCUGCCAAGCGCCUGUACUGCUUUUUUUCAUCACUUUAUUCUGCUCUGGCCCGAGGAGCUCGAGCAGUUCUACAGCUGUAUCCAGAGAAUGCUGAGCAGUUGGAGUUGAUUACAGCCCAGGCAAUGAAGGCUGGUUUCACCGGAGGCAUGGUGGUGGACUUCCCCAACAGUGCUAAAGCUAAGAAGUUUUUCCUCUGUCUGUUUUCUGGCCCUUCAGGAGUGUUGCCCAAGGGCCUUGGCACCGAGUGUGGAGAUUCACAAGAAAUGAGAGAGUCCAAGUUCUCUAACGAAAGGAUCCGCUUUAAGACGACAAAAGGCAAGUCUGUGAAGAAGAGCCGAGACUGGAUCCUUGAGAAGAAGGAACGGCGGCGGCGGCAGGGCAAGGAAGUCCGAGCUGAUACACGUUACACUGGCCGCAAGCGGAGACCCCACUUUUGAGCAGCAGCUCCCCUCCUUUGGAGUUGGCCCCGAGCUCCCUUCCUCUGCUAUUUGGGCAGCUCUGGCUUGUUUCCUGUUCAUCUGCCGCAAUCCAGCCUUAGGUAUUGCCUGACCUGUUCCUGCUGCUGGGUAAUUCAUCUCCCAGGAGAGCAGGCCAGAGAUAACUGUAGAUUCCUCAAAAGGGAAGGGUGGGACUGGAGGCCUCGGGGGAGCAGAAGGCACCUGAGGCCAGCCACCAGCCUGCCUCUGUUCUCAGGGUCACACGAGUCUUGGCUUUCUGUUCAGAAGAGCUUGCCCUGCAGUGAAAUGGCAUAACAAACGUCAAGGAGGGUGUGGUAACAGGAAGGUCCCUCCAAAAACAGACUGAAGAGUGUUUCAUCUUUUGAAUAAAGUAAAACUUGGCCAAAGUGAAAUGGUCUUGAAAGUCGACUUAAGGUAUAGGCUGGGGUGGCAAGCUGCCCGGGCCAGUGCUAGGAGAGUGACUCGAGCUGGGCAUGGAAUCCCAGGCUUUGAGAUGGAGAGUUGGAAGGACCCUUAGAGAGUCCUCUCAUUGGUAGAGGAGGAGACUGCCGCCCACAGACAAGAUUUGACUCAUCCAAGUUUCCACAGCUGGUCAGCAGAGACUGAUUGCCCUGCGCGGUUCCAGAGUCUUUGCCGUCCUGCUUCUUGGUCAGUGGCAGCGAGAGAAGAGGGAGGAGGACUUGAUAAAGGACGCAGUUAAAAGCCAAGCUCACCUCCCCGGUGCAUUCCUUUCAGCCUGGGGAACAAAGAUGGGCCAUGUCCAGCAGCUGGUAGUAGGUACUAGUGGGGGCAUUAUGUAUUCUAAUAAAAGAAUGAUGUGUGUGGACCA